GGAAGGGGAGGGAACAUGGAGCGGGGGCCGGUGGUGGGGGCAGGGCGGGGUGCCGGAGCCGGAAUCCAGGUACUGCUGGGCUGCCUGGUCAAGGUGCUGCUCUGGGUGGCCUCUGCCUUGCUAUAUUUUGGAAGUGAACAGGCUGCCCACCUCUUGGGUAGCCCUUGCUUACGGCGCCUCUACCACGCCUGGUUGGCAGCAGUGGUCAUCUUUGGGCCCCUUCUGCAGUUCCAUGUCAACCCUCGGACUAUCUUCGCCAGCCACAGCAACUUCUUCAACAUAAAGUUUGUGAAUUCGGCAUGGGGCUGGACAUGCACCUUCCUGGGGGGCUUCGUGUUGCUGGUGGUGUUCUUGGCUACACGGCGUGUGGCAGUGACUGCCCGGCACCUGAGCCGGCUGGUAGUCGGGGCAGCAGUGUGGCGGGGAGCCGGCCGCGCCUUCCUGCUCAUUGAGGACCUGACCGGCUCCUGCUUCGAGCCUCUGCCCCAAGGCCUGCUGCUCCACGAGCUGCCCGACCGCCGCAGCUGCCUGGCGGCCGGCCACCAGUGGCGGGGCUACACAGUCUCCUCCCACACCUUCCUGCUCACCUUCUGCUGCCUGCUCAUGGCUGAGGAAGCGGCAGUGUUCGCCAAGUACCUGGCCCAUGGGCUGCCUGCUGGUGCGCCGCUGCGCCUUGUCUUCCUGCUCAAUGUGCUGCUGCUGGGCCUCUGGAACUUCUUGCUGCUCUGUACAGUUAUCUAUUUCCACCAGUAUACUCACAAGGUGGUGGGCGCUGCAGUAGGCACCUUUGCUUGGUACCUCACCUAUGGCAGCUGGUAUCAUCAGCCCUGGUCUCCAGGGAGCCCGGGCCAUGGGCUCUUCCCUCGCCCCCAUGCCAGCCGCAAGCAUAACUGAGAGAAAUAAAGGCACACCGUGCCUUGCUCUGGGUCUGCUCAUCAUUUGGUUGGGGGGACCUGGAAAGUGUGGGAAGGGUGGGAAGAGUCUUGUGUUCAUUGGGGCUCCUCAGCCAUUUCUUGCUGUCAUUGAUCUUAACUGUCCUUAUGUCUGUUCUCCAUCCUUUCUGCUGUCCUUUCAGUCUCCUAGUUCUUGCAGAUUUUGAGCUAUCUGGAGCUUUGAGCUAUCUGGGGCUCUGAUGUCAAGGAAUGGCACUGCAAGGCAGGUAACAGUGCCCUUAGGUUUGGGCAGCAUUCCUGCUGACCAGGUACUCCAUCUCCAAGCCGGGUUGAUUUUUCCUGCCUCCUCCACUGAAUACCCCCUCCGUCUUCCUCAGCGUUCUGUUUGUCUAGGCACCUUACUCAGAGAUCCUUCCUAUCCUGUCUUCCCCAUAGGAGGGGGUUGUAAGUGUGCUGCUCAUUUAUUUCACAGCUGUUUAUUGAGCUGAUCAUAAUGCUAUGCCUUUAAAUAAGAAAGACAAGGUUUCUGCUGUUUGGGGGAGGCAAAUGAUACACUCACAAAUAAUAGCAAAUAUUUGUAUUGUGGUUGCUAUGUGACAGGCACAGUUCUAAGUGUCUAUAAAUUCUUCAUAUAAAUUAACACAUUUAGCCCUCACAAUAACAAUGUAAUGAGGCAGUUUUUAUAGUGUUCUCAUCGUACAGUUGCAAAACUUGAGGCACAAAGGUUAAGUAACUUGUUCACAGCUAGUAAAUAUCAGAGCCAAGAUUACAGACCCAGGCAAUAUGGGUCCAUUGUGCUCUAAACCAAGGAUCAUCAAGCUAUAGCUCUCCUGUGGCCAGUUUUUGUAUAGCUUGAGAGCUAAGAAUAGUUUUUAUAUUUUUAAUUAUUGAAAAACAUCAAAGUAAUAGUAUUUUGUGUCAUGUGAAAAUUACAUGUAAUUCAAAUUCCAGUGUCCACAAAUAAAGUUUUAUUGGAACCUAGCCACGCUAGUUCAUUCAGGUGUAGCUGUUUACCUGCUGCAAAGGCAGAGUUGAAUAGCUGCUGCAGACACCGUAUAGCCCACAAAGCCUGAACUAUUUAUUGUCUUCCCUUUUACAGAAGAAGUUUACCAACCCAUGGUGUAAACUACACUAUCCUCAAAAAAAUUAACUGGCUAAUAUCAGAGAGAUAAAUACUAUGAAGGUACUAAAACAGGCUGCUUUGUAAUAGACUUGGGAAAGGUACUUUAUAAAGGAUGAUGGAGAGAAUUCUCCAAGAAAAGGUGGCAUCUGAACUGAGAAUGGAAUGACAGACAAGUUAGGCAGGGUAACGGUGUGUCAGGCAAAUGGAUUAACAAGGUAGAAGGCCCUGAGGCAGGACACGGACAGAUUUAAGAAACAAAAGGAAAGCCCAUUAUUUGCAAUUGUAAUGAAAGAGGGCGAAAGCAAUGGAAAGUGAAGUUGAAGGGAAACAGGUGCCAGACAGGCCAUGCAGUCCCUAUGGGUCAGGAAAGUCCUUUAAAUUUCAUUCUAAGGUCAACAAGAUGCUGAGAAAGAGUUUUAAGCAAGAGAGAGGCAUGAUCCCACUGCUCUGUGAACAGUGGAUUAUUAGAGGAGUGGAGUCCCAAACAAGCAUCAGGAGAUAGCUGACGGGAGCCUGGGUUGGAGUAGUGCCAGUAUCUGAACGUCACUGCAUGGGCCAGAAGAUGCCCAUGCAUCCGUGAAGCCAGGGUCCCAUGCUGGCAGGGCUAGAGAAGGAAGUCCAGAUCUUGCUCCACCGCUGAGAAAAAAUGAAAGAGGGCCAGACAAGGCUUACUAUCAUGGUUCACCGUUGCUCCUCAGUUCUUGUCCCCAAGGAGACAAAGAAUUGAAAAGUAGAGAUGAUGGCGAAGCCAAGUAAAAUUUUUAGUACACUAGAGCGGCGGGCUGGAGUCAGAACUAAGACCCGGAUUCUUUAGGGGAUGGUCUCUUUUAUUAAGCCCUAGUCAGAAGGCGCCCUUUGCCUCUUCGAAUGACAGGGUGAGGUAAUUUGAUUGACAAUUUUAGUCAUACCCAUUUCUCUUAGUGCACCGUGUAUUUUCCCAGAGUGCACACAUAAAAGGGGAGAGAAUGUGACGGUGGUAUAAAACGGCAAUGUAGAUUUUAUGCUGAGAUUAUAGUAACAGUUAAGUGGGGGCAAGUUAUUGUCUAAUUGCGCUUGCGUGGUGAUCUGAUUGCACCAGCGAGCCCUGGACUUUUCAGAUAAAGAAUUUGUCCCUCUUCAAGUUCUGUUUU